AUGAGCCGGAAUCCAUGCUUUGACAAUCCAGGAGUGAAAACCCGAGCACUCAGCAAACGCACCAUCGAUUGUCCACAAAGACCUGAAAACACCGCUGCAUCCUGGACUGACCCGCCCACGGACCUGACCACGGACCCAGCCACAGACCCAGCCACAGACCAGGCCACUGACCAGGCCACAGACCCAGCCAUGGACCAGGCCACGGACCAGGCCACUGACCAGGCCACAGACCCGACCACGGACCAGGCCACAGACCAGGCCACUGACCAGGCCACGGACCCAGCCACUGACCAGGCCACAGACCCGACCACUGACCAGGCCACGGACCCAGCCACAGACCAGGCCACAGACCUGACCACAGACUAG